AAUAUAUAUUUUAUUGAAUAGUGUUUGCUACUUUUGAGUUGUGUAUAUAAUUGUCAUAUUAGCUAAGCGUUGUCCAAUAAAAAUAAUACAAACCCAAUCGGGCAUUGAAAAACUGGAAGUGAGAACUGGCAGAAGUUGCUGUGAAAGAAAACGGAAAACUUGAUCCUCUUCUUAAAUUUUUGUCUAGUCUGUUGUGCCCUGUUUUCGGUAGUGGUCAUUCAGCAUUUUUAACGUAAAUAUAAGUGCUGCCGUCAAACAGCACUCGCUUUGCCUUUAACAGACGAUCAUUCACUUAAAAUUAGUGUAUUUAUUUUACAAUAGAGUACAUAGGCGACCCUCUCUCAAAUCAUGUCGCACCACAGCGAUGAUCACCUUCUGCAGGCAGGAAGUGAUUCUUUCUGGGAACCUGGCAAUUAUAAGCGCACCACGAAACGCAUUGAAGACGGCUAUAAGCUUUGUAAUGACUUGCAAACUCUAAUACAAGAACGUGCUGAUAUCGAAAAAGGUUAUGCGAAGAAUUUGCGUGCGUGGUCGAAGAAAUGGGGAGAACUCAUCGAAAAAGGCCCCGAAUAUGGCACUACCGAAGCUGCUUGGAAAAGCGUACUCACCGAGUCGGAACGUAUCAGUGACGUUCACAUGAAGAUUAAGGAGAACCUGUGCAACGAUGUGAGCACCCAAAUAAAAAGUUGGCAAAAGGACAACUAUCAUCACACGCUGAUGCAGAUCAAGCAACGCAAGGAUAUGGAAGAUUUGUUUAAGAAGGCGCAAAAGCCUUGGGCUAAAUUGCUGGCAAAAGUAGAGAAAACAAAGUCUGAUUAUCAUGCAGCCUGCAAAACGGAGCGCAGUGCCACCAAUCAAGAGCGCAAUGCCACAGCCGAUAGUUCACUCUCACCGGAUCAGGUGUGUAUAAAUGUAAAAAAAAUGCACGAUCGCGUGCAAAAAACUAAAGAUCAAGUAACAAAAUGUCGAGAGAAAUACGAGCAGGCCAUCGCAGAAAUUACCAAAUAUAAUUCGGUAUACAUCGAGGAUAUGACGUCGGUGUUCGAAAAGUGCCAAGCCAUGGAGAGAACACGAUUGGUAUUCUUUAAGGAUGUUCUAUUCAACAUUCAUGCCUGCUUGGACCUCACCAAGGUGCAAUGUCUGCCACAAAUCUACGAAGAAUUCUACCACACCAUAAAUAACGCAGACCAGCAGAAGGAUCUAAAGUGGUGGUCGAAUAAUCAUGGCGUGAAUAUGGCUAUGAACUGGCCAGCGUUUCUGGAGUACACCGAAGAAUUCCGAGACAUAGCAAAGGGCAGCAAAUCAAAGGAGGCACUUCCGGCAGCACCAAUAACCCUAAUCAACCAACGUCCUGUUUCUGAGGAUCCCCAUGAAUAUAAUACGAAUAGUCUAAAGAAAACAUCAGCAAAUUCCAGUAAAUCUAGUGGAAAAGUCAUGCAACAAGAUUCUGCGUCUUCGCCCACAACAGCGACAGCGUCAUCGGCUGCGACGGUUGCUAAAAGCGCAAAUACAACAUCGGCUUCAAACAAUCGUAAUUCAAGCGUAACUAAUGGCAAUGGCAAGCCUGAAGUUAAUCCAUUCGAAGAGGAGGAGGAAUGGGAUGAAGGCGACAAUGUGUUGGUCGAUAAUGGAGAAAAAGGUGUACCAGUUAAGGCUUUAUAUGACUAUGAAGGGGCAGAAGAUGACGAGCUAACAUUUAAGCAAGGUGAUGUCUUUGAAAAACUUGAAGAUGAAGAUGAACAAGGUUGGUGCAAAGGGCGUAUGAAUGGACGCGUUGGGCUUUACCCCGCAAACUAUGUAGAACCGUUACAUACGUAAACAUAUGAACAAUUCUUGAACAAUUUAAAAAAUUAUAAGUAACAAUUGAAUGCCAACCAGGGAAAUAUUUAGACAUGCGAAACACGUUGCAUCAUUCAACUCGACACAAAAUACAUUGAAAUUAUCAUAGACUAGCAUUUUUUUUGUCUUACAAAGGAAUCGAGAGAAACCGGAGACAAAAUAGUAAGGAAUACUUGAAACACAUCACCAUUAGAAUCAUAUUUUGUGAUUGUAGCCAAUUAUUUGUUCUUAUAUAUCAAAAUUGUAUACAUUAGAUAUCGAACGAUUGCUUAAAACAAAUCGAAAAUGAAAACAAAUAAGAAUGAAUAAGUCUUGUCAGCUUAUUUAUAAUAGCAGUGAAAAAAUUUAAAUGUGAUUUUAAUCAUAUAUGUUAGUUGUUAUCACGCUGAAAGCAUUUCAAGACCAAAUUAAAGAUUUUCUUCCUUUCAAAGUAGUGUCCAGAAUCCAAUUCUUUCACAAACCCGCGCUCUAUUUAAGUAAAAUGGAAAAUUAAAGGCAAAUGGGGUGGUCCAAAUACAAGUAUCUUUUUAAAAAUAAUAUUUAAAACACACACACAAAAUCAUUCAUUUUGGUAUAUUUUACGUCUUUGUUUGUUUGCUGAAACCAAAGAUCGUCUAAGAUCCCACAUUUUCAACAAACAAAUGAGGUCACCACUCUAAGAAUCCAAACCCCUGUGCAUCGCGACAAUCAGUUGUGGAUUUUAUGUAUCCAAGAUGAAAGCAACAGUGUUUAAUUAGUCACAGAUAUGAAAAAGCGCCGCGCCCCGCAAAGCGACGUUCCGCGAGGGAUGGCAGUCAAGCUUCCGAUCGAGAAAAGAUGGCAGCGAUACCUGCAUUUGGGCCACCCUGUGUGUUCAUUAAAAUCUUCAACUCAAAUUUACUUGUUGCUAAUUGUAAUUACAAUUUAUGUUUACUAAACAAAAAUUUGUAUUAAGUAAUUCAGAAAGAAUAAAAACAUGUAUAACUUAAAACCUUCCCUUCGAGUGGGCUACAAGGUCAAAAGAUAUAUGAGGCAGUUUAGAUAGUAACAUCCGUUUGCUAAGCUGUUUAUGCCGAUCGAGCUUUCGUUUUAGUACCUUAAAAACCGUCUCAUAUCUCUUUGGAUUUUAAAAGCACAUUCUACCUUCCACUUACUAUUUAUAAGUCCAAUUAAAUAUAUCGCACCCUAAAUACAAAAGGGGCACAACUCAAAAUUUUCCACACUCGAGCUUGACUUGUUUACAGUAGCACAGAAAACAAACUAUGUGACAUAUCACUCUGAAAUUUGCCAUGUAAGCUUAUAAUAGUCCUACCAAAAAACAAAAAAUUUAUUUUUGUCAUAUGUCAUACGCGGACCGUUUUAUUGAUAACGUCUCGCUCAUAUUUGAGCAGAAGGUACAUUUUGAGUUGUGACCCUUUUGUAUUUAGGGUGCGAUAUGGAUAUGUAUAAAUACAACCAUAUGCUGUAUUUGAGUGGAAAAAAAUUGUAGAAUAUACUCUUACAUACAUACAUAUGGGUCACUCGUUUCGAAAUCGAACAUAAUUUA